AUGGCGCGAGUCCUGAUCGUAGGCGCCGGGCUGACGGGCGGUUUGUGCGCUGCGCUUUUACGCAGGGAACUUCCCCAGCGCCUCCUGCACAUCGUGGUGUGGGAGAAGGCCCGGGGUGCAGGGGGAAGAAUGUCUACGAGUCGGAGCGCUCACGAUCCGAAAUGCACGGCAGAUCUAGGAGCUCAGUACAUCACGCGGGAACCCGAAUAUGCCAAAAAGCAUCAAAGCUUUUAUGAAGAUCUGUUGUCUCAUGGAGUGCUAAAGCCAUUGACAGCUACAAUAGAAGGAAUGACAAUUAAAGAAGGAGUGGAGAAUUUCGUAACACCUCAGGGAAUUUCAUCCAUCGUCAAGCAUUAUUUAAAUGAAUCAGGCGCUGAUAUCUUCUAUGAGCACCAUGUUACACAGAUCUGUCUCAAGGCUGGGAAGUGGGAAGUCUGCAGCCCUACAGGCGUCGUGGACCAGUUUGAUGUUGUUGUUCUCACAAUUCCUGUUCCACAGAUUCUUCAGCUUCAAGGAGACAUUACAAACAUAAUUAACAGAAGUCAAAGGCAGCAACUGGAAUCCGUGAGCUACUCCUCUCGCUAUGCUCUGGGCCUUUUUUAUGAAGCUGGCAUACAGAUUGAUGUCCCUUGGGCAGCACAGUACAUCUCCAGUAAUCCCUGCAUACGCUUCAUCUCCAUCGAUAAUAAGAAGCGCAAUAUAGAAUCGCCAGAUAUUGGGCCAUCUGUUGUUGUCCACACUACUGUGUCCUUUGGAACCAAACAUUUGGAGUCUAACAUCGAAAAGAUUCAGCAAUUGAUCCUAGAAAAGUUGAAAGAGAUUAUACCUAUUGUGCCUGAACCCACAAGUAUCAAGUGCCAGAGGUGGAGAUAUUCUCAGGUUACUAAAGCUUUCCUUGGCUGUCCAGGACAAAUAACUCUUCAUACCAAACCAUUCCUUGUAUGUGGCGGCGAUGGAUUUAUUCAUUCCAACUUUGAUGGUUGUAUAGAUUCAGCCAUGAGUAUUGUGGAGGCUUUAAAAUUCAAUUUGUAGAAUUUUCAUUGAGUUUCUUUUCCAACAUCAGCUUAUAAUGAAUUAUAUAAUGAUAUACUAAAACUCAGUAUACAUGACCUACUUGUCCUCUAUUUUAAGAAAAUAACUCAUGAAAAGGCUUCGAAAGUUUCUCAGGUUUAUAGCACUAGUAGUGAAUGUUGCUUAUUUAUUUGUUCUGCCUUGGGAACAAUAACUGUCAUAGUUUUUCUGGCUUCACUGGGUGUCAGAAGUACCUGGAGAAGGGCAGUAUGUUUCCUAUCUUCACCCCAAUUAUGCCAUGAAAUUGAUGGAAGGUCAUCUGGAGUGAGAAGUGGGAAGAAGAAACCUAGGAUUACAUUCUUUAUUUCCAACCCUUGAUGAACAGUAAAACCCUGGUCUUAUUUUAUUUUUCAUAUUGGCAUGGUAAAAUGGACUUGUGAAAUGUUCAGGUGAUCAUAAACAAUACUAGGAUAUGGGAAUUGGGGGGAAUCUUGUUUGUUUCAAAACAUGCUUUGAAUGUUAUUUUACUGUACAGGAAGAGAAUGUUCCAAUUCUUUCUGCUUCCCGUUUCUCUGCAACAACAUCACAUCCAAAAUUACAGCCUUUAUAUCUUCCCCAUUGCGGUAAGGAGACCGUAUUUUGAAUGUGGUGGUGUUGCAGAGAAACAGGAAGAAUAUGGGACAAGCAUAUCCUGUCCCUGAGCAACAAGAUAAAUUCUACGCUUUCUUAUAUUACCUUUUGAUUAAUUUUACAAGAACAUUUAACCACAUGAAUAACAGAGAAGAAAUGUCACCUCAUGUUAACUCUUCCACAUUAAACAUGGCUCUGUAAAUGAGACCUUAGAAGCAACUUUCACAGAACAGGUGCUUUGUGAGGCAUGGGACUACCUGAUACCACUUCAGAAUAUAUUUAAGUACCUAAGUACUGUGAGGCCAUAGCAGUUCUGUUGACAUAAGCAGAGCUGCAAUCGCAUCUCAUAGUGACAAAGAAUAUAGAGCCACCAGAAUCUCCAAACAAGGUAAUUGUAUCUGUAGUGGUGCAGCGCCCUAUAUCCUUCCAAACUAUUAGUUUUAUGUUGUAUCACUGCACUGCAUCAGGGCAGACGCCAACUUUCAAUGAAAUAGCCGCAAUGAAGGAUAUUGGGCAGAGGAUCAGACAGCAGUCAGUAACUUGAGCUGACAAAAAAGCCACAGAUCAGAGCCAGUGAGUUCCAUCUGUGUCAGGUACAAAACACUAAUGCAUAGGAUCAGACCCCUUGUAAGCACUGUGACGAUUACUAUUUAAUUAGAUCAGUGUUUGCUAGAUCUUCGGUAGCUGAGGCACAGCGUUCUUCUGGAUUAAACUGAAGGAAAUCUUACACUAAGAGCCUUUGCAAUGUAGUGAUUACAGUGUCAUACUAAGAUUUGUGAGGCCCAGGUUCAAAUGUCCACUAAAUCAUAAGCUCACUAGGCUAGCCACUUUGUUCACCAUCCUGAGUUUCUUGACGAAACAGCAGGAUAAAAUGUGAUGUAAAAAUAAAUACACUUGAAAGGAGAGGCACAGGGCUUUUUUUCUCGGAAAAGAGGUGGUGGAACUCAGCGGUGGAACUCACAACCGCACAAUGUCGCUUUGGGUCAGCUGGAACAAGGGGGGAGUUUUUUAAAGUUUAAAUUGCCCUUGGGUGACCAUGUCAGCGCGGGGGGCAAUCUAAAUUCCCCUCUGACUGGAGAUCAGGGGGCGGGGCCACCGGCCAUGUGACCAUUUUCAAGAGGUGCCGGAACUCCAUUACACUGCGUUCCAGCUGAAAAAAAGCCCUGGAGAUGCAUAUAUUUUCUCCAUCAGCUCCCUAAACUAUGAGCAGGCAUGCUAGCCAUUGCAACAUAGCCCAAUUAAUAUUGUUUUCCAGUGUCCCAAAUUUCUAGGAUGUGCACUUUUUUAAAAAAAAGUAUUUUUCAGAUUUGGGUAUCAGGAAGGCCGUAAAUAUCCAUAUUCACAAUAUUUGUCUUCCCAGUCUGGUUUUGUAUUCAGAUCUAGGGUUUUUUUUUCAGGAUUCCAAAAUUAACUGGAGUCUUUUUAGGGGGCUGGAGGGGCUGUUUUUAAUGCAGAUGACACAAAAAAUGCAAUGAACUGAAGGCUUCCUGUCCAGUAAAGAACCCCAAGAUGAUUGGGUCAAGCGGUCCAAUUUUAUGGGUCCCUGAACAAGGUGCCCCCAACCACCCUCCAUUGUUUCCUAUGGGGGGGACCCAAUGCUGUCUCCAAGGUAGGAAACACACAAAAGAACCUCCAAAGCCCAACAGAAGCAAUGCCAAACCAGAUAAUCCCAACAGAAUUAAGAUGGCAUGCGUUCCAAAAAUAAAUCUCACUCUGAAGCUGCAGUCAGUUGUAGCAGCUUGUUUUUUUCCCCUUUGCAGGUUUCCCAGGCAAAAAAAAAGGGGAGAGGUACAGUGACUCUCAGAGUCACUGAGAGGUGACUGGAAUUGCUUGUUAGGGAGAGCUCAACUGUCUGUCCAAUCACAAUU